CCGAUUGCAAAUCUCGGAAUAUCCAUCGUUAUCAGAUAAGUUAAGUCCACGCGAUACUGACAAACGUGAACGAACAGUUGAUCAGUCGAAAACACUAAAAUGGGUGCGAAGAAAUAUUUCAGAAAUCAAUUUAGUUUGAAAAGAUUUAGUUUAGAACAUGAGGAAGCAUGGGACUUCUAUUUGUGCUGUUGGCAAAGGAAUCGGUCACCGUUUCCUUUACUGUGUCUAAGGUUUCUAGUAUUCGUAGGAUGUUUGAGUAUUCUUAUAACAUCUAUGGUGAUGACGGGACAGCGGGUGAACUUCGGCUUCUGGUUCAUAUAUAUGACGCAUUGGGGACUAUUCCUCAUCACUAUUACUGGGGGACUCGCUUUCGCCGUAUCAGCAAGGGCGUACUUUCGGGGACCUAUUGACUCUACAUUCGGUAUGCCGUGGUACUUGAAAUGUUAUUGGGUGGCUUAUAAUAUGACGUUACCGGUAGCCUUCUUCAUCACAAUUUUUUACUAUAUUCUCCUGACGGAUCUCGUUGAAGAGUACUCAGUGGACCCGGUGUUGGACUUGUUCAUCCACGGCAUCAACUCAGUGCUGAUGUUCGCUCUACUGAUGACGUCACAGCACCCCUCCCACCUCCUGCACUUCUACCACGCAGUAGCGUUCGGGCUGCUGUAUAUGAUCUUCGGCAUCAUUUACUAUUUCGCCGGAGGAGUCAGUCCGUUCGGUGACAGAUGGAUAUAUCCGAUGAUAGAUUGGUCCAAUCCAGGUCCAACUGUCGGAAUAGUAUUCGCAUCUGCUGCGGGGCUGAUCAUCAUGCAUUUCCUCGUAGUACUCAUUAGUGUCUUCAGGGACUGGAUCUCUAAGAAAUACGUGCGCAAUAUGAAUUCUAUGUCUUUGACGAGUUAAUCUCAUUUCCCAUCUAUCAUAUUUAUAGAAUGGCUAAUUGUUGUAACAAAGAAUAGAAAAUGUAAAACCAUAAGCCGAUCAAUCUUCUUUUAUGCGUCGAGGAAAUGCUUUAAGUAUAGUCCCUGCCGUCUGACGAACGACUCUCUUCGCCGUCACCGGAGGCCUACCCACUAAAUCUCCUACGGUGUACUCUCUGCUCGGGAAUGAGAUCUGGGAAGCCGUGUUCAGCUGAAAAGUAAUUAGAUCAAAGUUGCGGAUUGAUAACAAAAACGAAAUUAUAUUUAUAAUAUGUAAGUUAUUAUAUUUGAUCAAUUUUGCAUUCAGAAUGAUAUACUGAAAAAUAUUUUUAAAUGAAAAAUUCUUAAAAAUAAUGCCCUUUGUCUCUGGCACUCACGCGUGCUGGCACAGAGUGGCACAGAGUGCCAGCACGCGUAGCAUGAAGAACGCGAGAACAUUUUGUCUUCUCGACCCGAGAAACUGACAAAUGAUUGCAGACAAAGCGUUUCUCGAGUUUGUCAUGCUACGCGUGCAGGAACAGAGUGGAUUUUAAUGCAAUUUUUAUUAAGAAUAUUUUACUAAGUAUCAAAUAUCACAGAUUGAUUAACCGUCAAAUUGAUCCUCUUAGAUGGAUGAGCCGGUAUCAAAGCAUAUUAAGAACCACAAUGCCCAUUACUACUGUUAAAAUAUUUGCAAAACUCUUAUAAAAAGCUAAGCAUUGAGAUCUAAAACAACAACUAAGAAUAAAAACUUAUUUCAAAAAUAGAACGUCUUAAAACUUUAAAAAAAAUGAUAAAUUCGGGCGGAGUUUUUUGUAAGUCAUUAAUUAAAUGAUAGGCGCCAACUUCAAUAGCAUUUUCUUAAAUAAGUCGCUUUUGAGAAAAGUAUUAUCUAUCACUUUUUUAAAGUGUAAUGUCGGUUUAAAUAUUUUUUAAGAUUAAGAUUUCGAUUGUAUUUUUAUAACUAAGAGAUAGCUACAUUCAAACAACUAUAUUGUAUUGUAUAUUGACACGUACAUUUUUGCAAUAUUUUAUAAAAAAAAAAUUAGGUAUAUUGAAAAAUAAAUUACGCUCCUUAACAUAAGAGAAGGCUCUCUUGAUAUUGUCAAAUAAGCACAUUGUUCUUCUUUGAUCACGUUAACAUUUUCUUCAUUCUACGAAAUUAUUUUGUCGCAACAGGACCACCCUGUUGCACAAAUGUCUAUUAAAAUUAAUUAAGUAAUUAGUUUAAAGUGAUACAUUUUUAAUUUUAGGAUAUUAAUAAGAACUUUAAGCCUCAUUAAACCUUAACGGAGAUUUGAACAAUUAUGUGUUAGGAUCGCAUAAUAUACAAGGCCUUCAU